UCUACCACAAAGCAACGUUCAAACCAAGAAUAAACAAGAUGUUCAAAUACUUCGCUCUCGUUUUCGUCGCGCUCUUCGCCUUCGCCGCUGCCGAGCCUAAACCCGCUGUGGUAGCAGCACCAUUGGCCUACUCAGCUUACUCAGCUCCUCUGGUCGCCUCCCCCUACGCCGCUGCCUAUGCUGCUCCAUAUGCCGCUUACGCCUCUCCCUAUGCCGCCUACGCUUCCCCCUACGCCGCCUACUCCGCUUACCCAUACAGCGCCGCCUAUGUGCUCCGCAAGUAAACGGAAUGUAGCGGUUGA